ACAAUUAUCUCUCGAAAGUUUGGCAUUUCUGUCCACGAGAGAUUUAAUGUACAGUAGCCCACACGCCUUUCAAUAUCAUGGCAUUUAAAUAUAGUUUUUAGUCCAUGUUAUGUUUGGUGUUUUUUUUUAUCUCAUGCUCCAGACACUUCAUGUAAAAGAUGUUAGUGUAUAUUUAUUAUGACUUUUUUAAAUGAGAAAUCAGGCAGUGAAUCAUCAGGCUUUUCCCCAGACAAUAUGUCAGGAGGUUGGUGGUACCUUAAUUGGGGAGAACAGGCGCAUGAUAAUGAGUUGAAUUAGUGGAAGGGUAUUAAAUAUAUCAAACACAUGGUUUCCAAGUGUUUGAUGCCAUUCCAUUUCCUCCUGUUCCUGAGUAUACAAAAGGUUAACGCCUGGUUUUUCCAUGAAGUAGACUGACCAGGUGAAGGCUAUGAUCCCUUAUUGAUGUCACUUGUUUAAUCCACUUCAAUCAGUGUAGAUGAAGGGGAGGAGACGGGUUAUAGAAGAAGGCAGCGGCGGGGCGGGGACUCAAUAUUAGGAAGGUGUUUCUAAUGUUUGGUAUAGGCAAAGUUGGCCAGACUUUUUCAAUGACCCUUGGUUCCACAUAGAGAAUGCAGCCUCUCACUGACUACAAAUCCAACUGCAUCUUUCUCUAACCUUUUUAUGUCAGGAUGGAGUGUUGUGAGGUGGAGCCACGCUAUACCAUAGAGCAGAUCGACCUCCUCCAGCGUCUCCGUCUCUCAGGGAUGACCAAGCCACAGAUCAUCCAGGCCUUGGAGUCCCUAGAGCGGCUAGAUCCCGACCAUCGUCCCCAGUACUGCAAUGACACCCACACCGCCAACCCAACCAACAACACCACCCCUACCACAGCCUCCGCCCCAGUCCCUUCCUCCUCUUCCUCCUCCUCUUCCUCCUCCCUCUCCUUGGCAUCCGCCACAACGCAGACCCCUGGGAUGGACGGCGCCUCGCUGUCGCCUAGCAACAGCUAUGAGGCCUCUCCCCCUCCGCUGUACCCACAUGGGGUUGGAGUUCAGAAGUCGUUUAGCUAUGACAUCAUGGCAGAGGAGGACUGGGAUCUGGAGGAGAAGGUGGAGGAGUACAUGAGGAGGGACAGUAACCUGGUGAAGGAGGAGAUUAAAACCUUCCUCAACAACCGCAGGAUCUCCCAGGCCAUAGUGGGACAGGUCACAGGCAUCAGUCAGAGCUAUAUCUCUCAGUGGUUGCUGCAGCAGGGCUUGGAGAUGAGUGACUCCAAACGCAGAGCCUUCUACCGCUGGUACCUGCUUGAGAGAAACAACCCAGGGCUGAGAUGGAGUGAAAGCCAGCACGGCCCGGCGGGUCUGGGCCCAGGGCUCUGUGGUCUUGGCCAGGGGUUGGGCCAGAACCCGGGCUCUGGACCCGCCAGGGGAGGGGACAGAGACGUCACAGGGAUGGUGGGAAACGCUACUACGGGCGCCACAGCCGCGGCCACUACCACCUGGGGCAGACAGAGAGAGCUGCUGAUGCACCUCCUCCCAUGGUACACUGCUGCCGCACAGCAGGCACAGCCAGGGGCUACCCUGUCGAUGCGCUCCCUGGUGAAGGAGGAGCCUGAUUGGAGGACGGGGGUCAGCCCCGGGGAGAGGGGCGGGAUGGUGGGCGGUCCUCUGAGGCUGCGGAGGGGAAGCAGGUUCACCUGGAGGAAGGAGUGCCAGUCAAUCAUGGAGAGUUUCUUCAUGGAGAACCAGUACCCUGAUGAAGCGAAGAGAGAGGAGAUCGCUAACGCCUGCAACUCAGUCAUCCAGAAACCUGGAUGCAAGCUGUCCGAGUUUGAGCGUGUCACGGCUCUGAAGGUGUACAACUGGUUCGCCAACCGCCGGAAAGAGAUGAAGAGACGGGCUAAUAUAGAGGCAGCCAUCUUGGAGAGUCAUGGUAUCGAGGUUCCAAGCCCGAGCUGUCAAUCCAAUGGUGAGGAGAUGGAACCACAGGACUUCGCAGAGCAAGUGAAUCAACGAUUCAUUGAGCAGGAAGAGAUCUCUUCCAGGAAGGACCUUGAUCUACAAGACACCUCCUCAUUGGCUGCCGUCGAGGUCCUUCCCCCUCCAAGCCCCACCCCUCAGGUUCUGGAACAGAAAGCUGACGAAUCGAAGAGAGAGACAGUGGACGAGGAGUGACCAAUGGGAGAGCGUGGAUUUGAAUAUAUAACGGAAUAUUUAAAAAUAAUAAUAAUAAUAGAUGCUCUGAAUGUCUUCAAGGGAUAUGACAAGUCAGAGUUAAUUGUUGAAAAGGGUGCUAUAGCUCUCGGUGCCUCUAAGUGGUAGGGAGGCCACUGUCUAUACAGUAAUCAUGCUUUAUAGUAAUGCCAAUAUUUAUCUCUAUCUCUCUAUGUAGUGCAUUCCAAGACCAGUCUUAAACGAAAGACGACUCCUUAUAAAAGAAUAGGGGUCUAAGUGGUUAAAUCCUCUAGAAGUUCAACAGCCUUUUAACGUUUUCUUUGCUACUUGCUUUUUUAAUUUUUUUAAAGGUUUUGACGAGUGGUUGUGUAAUAAUGGACUGGAGUGGGAACUGAACGUUUUGAACCUGCAGGUCAGGUGUGUUUGAUGAGAAGGUGAAGACGGGUGUGUUUGGUUGAGGCGAGUUGAUUUUAGAUUUUUUUUUGUUGGUGUGACGAUAAGUGUUUCCGAUAAUAUCAGCGUGAUAAUAUCAGCCUUCUCUGCUCGCUUGAAUGUCUUUGACCCGAUCUUAGGAAAACUUGUUAGACUUUUUUGGGGAUCAAUCAAUCAAGUAGUCCGGUCAGUUGUUAAGAGUCCAACCCUGAGGGACAAAUGGAAUCUCAGGUAAACCCAAAGAUGGUGGAUGAUAACGAAUCACACGUUUCUCUCUCUAAUAAGCUUGUUCAAAAGGAAUGUUUCCUAUUAUAUGUUGACUGUUUCUGCAACAACAACAAACAUCUGUAUUCUGUCUUAAUUGUAAUGUCAGCAAGCCAAACUAAAGAGUUUAAUUUA